AUGUCGGAGCCUUCGGCACCUCCCGAUGACGGCGGCGACAGCAUCAUUAGAAGCCCGGUAAGAAACAGUUUUUAUUUAUUUAUUUAAACAUAUGACAAAUAGUUUGCACAUGGUUUUGGAAUUCCAAAAGGUGAAAGGACAGACCACAGUUUUGUUGAAAAGUAGAAGUUCUCCCUCCCACUCGUCACGGAUUAACCGGUUAUUAGUGCCCUCUGCAACGACCUUUCACACGAAUUCUCUAAAAAAGACCUUCUCCUUGCCAACUAUGUAUUCUGAACGAUUUCUGCCACUAAAUAUUUGGGAUGCUCCUCUCCAUUGGAUCAGAAAGAAUACUGUCCGAACACAAAACGGCUUAUCUUUAUCUGAAGGAUUUGCAGGAUCUUCCGUUCGUCUCUUCCAUCGUCGGCGGACUGUUCGCCGGACGGGCGGUCGUUGUCAGCGGAAUGGUUCUUCCCGGAUUCGCCUCGGAUCGCAAGAAGUAAGUUCUGUGGUUACCGUAUCUCUGAGCAAGGUGUCCAUUCAGAUUCGACAUUGAUCUGUGCUGUGGGCUUCUCAUAGACGGAGAUCACAUGGACAACAAGGCUCUCCAUUUCAACCCGAGAUUCGACGCGAAAGCCGGAUGGUAAGGGCUUAUCCACAGAAAGUUCUAUUAAAUAUUUUGGGCUCAGGUUCUCGGGUCCUUCUGACGACAAACUAGUGAUCAAUACAUUCGUCGCGGGACGCUGGGGAACCGAGGAACGCUUCGAUAACCCGUUCAAAGAGGGCGAACCGUUCCAGAUUCGAAUUCUCGUCCUCGACAAAUACUUCAAGGUACCCAUGAUCACAGAAAUCUUAAUGACACCAAGGAUUCGUUUCAGAUUUCGGCGUGCGGAAAGCAUGUGUGUGACUUCCCUCAUCGCGUGUCUGUCGAUCAAAUCCGGACGAUCUCGAUCAAAGGAAACAUCCGAGUGGAUUACGUCGAGUUCCAGCCGCCGGUAAGCACUACGUCUCGCGUCACGUCACCUCUCGUUUUUAGGAGGAAGGCGCCCCGAUUGAAUGAGCUGCUCCGCGCGAAUCUCCCUCCCCUGCGUCUCACCUCUCGCUUUCCGCAUAAUAAGCUUUUGCCCCUACUGUGCCACGCCUCUUUCUUGUCAUUUAAUAACGCAACGAAUGAAUAAAUAGUCAGAAUUACAAAGAUCUGUCCACUAAGUCAGUUUAUACAAUUUGCAGAUUGGUUAUGGAGCCGACGGAAAACCGACAGUCGUCGCUCCGACUCCCAGGCAAGAUGUGAUCACCAAGAUUGACAAGCCAGUAAUUGAAACCGAAUGAUUAGGUUUAAUCUGAAUCUGAAUUCCAUUUCAGAUCAUUCCGUUCAACCUACCCCUCCCGGCCGGCGGUUUCGUCUCUCCGCAAUCGGCGCGCUUCACAAUCACUCCGUUCCUCUCGGCCGAAAGAUUUACGAUAAAUCUGAUGAGCAAAAAUGACUACUUAUUCCAUUUCCGAGUAGAUAUGCCAAAUGCGGCGCAGAAAAUCAAGGUUUGUAAUCCAGCUGCUAGGUGUUGAGAUAAUUGAGUUUGCAUUUCAGCCGGCAGUAAUUCGGAAUAGCUCGAAGAACGGAUCGACGGAUCUGAAGUGGCUGACGGAGGAACGGACGUUCGGCACGUUCCCAUUCAGCAAGGGAAUUACCCACGACGUGCUCUUCACCGCCUACGGAAAAAGUGUGACGGUGGAUGUGGACGGCGCGCCGUUCGUCAAGUUCGUCUACCGGGACGGCGACGAUCCGAUCGACGUGGAUGCGAUCACUGUGCACGGAGACGUUCUGCUCCAUCGCUUCGAGCACAAGGGAUGA